AGUCACUUACACGAGUGCCAGUGAAAAUGGUCUGCUGGUUGGGAGUUGUUUUAAUAUUUGUGUUAUUUGUUUCUCUUGCAAACACUUCUUUAGUGACAUGGGCACCAAAUAAAAGCUUUAAUUUAGCAAAAAAUUUUGACACGAACACUUUACCUUGUUCAAAAUCAACAGUAAUUUUUCCCGAGUCUGUUCAGGAGACAAUACAAAUUGAUUCUUCGAUAGCCGUAAGUCAGUUAAUAUUGCCCAGAGAUGGGGCAAUCAUGCUGGCAGAAGGAGAAUCUAUUUUGUUUGGAGCUGACGAAAAUGUUGACAAUUGUACUGGAGGAAAUAUUUUUUACAAAGAUGAUUCUUCAUCAGCUUGGGAAAAUCCAGGAGUCUGGAACUCUUCAAGAUUUAACAAGGCUACCCCUGAUGCAGAAAGGGUCCCAUGCUACGACGACACAGUUUUGUUUCCAAAGAAUGCACAGUUUACUAUUCAACUACCGGAUAACACUCAGUACGUAAGUGGAAUUAUUGUUGAAGAUGCAAAUUUAACAACAGCAACAUUUUUGGAACGUAUUUUUAAACAAGCCGAUGGAGGUCAACAGUUCGUUCUAGGUAUGCGAUUAAAUGAUCAUCCAGUUGUCAUUAGACAGGAACCAUGUAAGUCAACCUCUGGAUGCCCUUGCCAAACUUAUGGUCUCAAUAUUAAUUGUAAACUGAAAUACUGCGCUCCACCGAAGUGUUCUAACCCAAUUAAACCAGUCGGGCAUUGCUGCGAAAUUUGUGGCGGAUCCCUUUUGUUUCAAAUUGAAAAUUUUAGUAUGCAGGCAUUUAAAAAACUCGUUAAAUCAGUGAUCAGUGAUUAUGGAGCAGAUGAUUUUGUCUAUCACAUAGGGAUGCUUCCCAGUAUUUUUAUUGAUCGUGAUACUAUACAAACACUGCCUAAACGAGUACAAGUGGUAGUUAUGGAUAAAGGAGAAUAUACAGGAGCUAGUUCUGAAGUUAUCAACGAGAUAGGCUAUCAGAUGUCCAAGGAAUGGGCGAAGAAAGAAAAGCUGGUGCUCUUAAGUGGAAGUCCAUAUUCGGAAUCUGGAUUAGGUAGUAAGAUAGCAGUGUCCAUGUUUUUUGUAGUCUUGGCUACUUUGGGGGCGUUAUUUAUAUACUAUUACAGGGACACAAAGAUAAGUAUAUCAGAAUUGAGGAGUAAUCUCAAUAUACGUGGAGGAGGCAUAUUGACACGUUUUCAGGGACGAUCGGAUAGUAUAGUAUCGUUGACAAGAAGGGAUUCUAGUGUAUCAGGGUUGCGGGAAAGUGGCGCAACUGCUUUUAGAAAUCCUUUAUAUGAUUCCAAGAGGGGACGGGUUACAGUAACUGAAUCUACUUUGGAAGAAUGAUAUAUAAUAACUUCUUUGUAUUUGAAAAAUAUGGUUUUUUAUUUGUUUUAAUAAAUUUUGUGAAUUCUU